AUGGAGAAGAAUUGCAAGUCAGUGUCGUUGCUGGUAGUCCUGAACGUUGGAAGUAAGGAAUAUAAGAGACUGUCGCCAAAGGAUAAGUUAUGGCUUGAUGGUCACACCAGGGUAAUGCUUCAGAGUGAGUUUGAUGAUGAUGAUGAGAAUGUGUUUAUUCAUCAAGAUAUUCUGAAGUAUGUGAAGAGCUCUUUCGGCAGGAUGUUAUUCAGGGUGGCAGUAGGAAUACUCAGCACCAGGUGUUCAAUUUUACUGCGGACGGACGAACCAGCCAAGCAGCACAGUGGCAAGGGACCGGCAGACUGUGGUGAGGAACCUGCCAGUUUCCCUGAGACAUCUGUCAAUGGAGAGUUGCCUGCAUUGGAGGACCUUGCUUGGUGGGUUGGGGGGAGCAAAAAGAAGGAACCAUGUCAAGAAGCGCAGCUUGCUCCAGGCGAUUCUCCUGAAGAAGCCAUUGCUGAGCGGCUAAAGGAUGUUAAAAAUGGCGAAGAUCUCGUUCCAGAGGAGCCACAAAAGUCUCUUCCACCUCAAAAUAUGUGGGAGACUUGGGCCAGAGGAAAGAAUGAAUAUUGUCAAGAGGCACAACUUGCUCCAGCUAAUUCUCCUGAAAAUGCUGUUGCUGAGCCCCUAGAGGAUGUCAAUGAGCCUUUGGAGGAGCCUCCUGCGGAUGUUGCUGAAGAGCCUGUUCUACCCGAACCAGAGGAAUCUCCUCUUCCACCUCAUGAUACCUGGAGUCGUCGGGGGGGGGACACAGAAGAAAUCGAAGAAGAAAUCGAAGAAGAAAUCCUGUCAACAAAAUCAAGCUGCUGAAGAACUUCCUGCGGGUCCUCCUAUUGAAGCAUCCUCUUGGCCAAAAGAAACUUAGACGAGCUGUAUGUUUGGGAAUUCAGAACCUGAUAGCUUGAUGAUAUUUGUGGCGUAGGCGUAUGUUACUUACUGCAGUUGUCUUGGGGCAGUUUUAACUGACUUGCAUUCCCCAUAUGAGAUGCACUUGGCUUCUGAUGUUAAAAAGGUACUAAUUAUCUUGGAGCAUCUUGAGUUCUAUGACAAUCACCAUCUCUUGGUUAUGUUCUCUGAUUACAGCCAAUUUCCAGUCUAAUUAAUGUACACAUGAGACUCUAUUAAAUAUACAGCAACCAUCUCGAGCAGCCUUAAGCUGAUACUCUCAAUAAGAUAUUAGCCAUUGCCAA